UGGAUGUUGUGUGUGCAGAAUGCGUAUUUGGCAAUUGUGUUUCGCUACAAAGUCAGGGAGAACCAUUCGAUUUCGUUGCGUUCCUUCAGCGGUGAUCAGUUUGAGCUGCUGCACGGCUAUAUUGCUGUGGGUGUUCGAGUGGCUCUAUGCAGCUAAGUCUGUCGAAUCUUCAAGGAAGUUCCAGCUACAUAUGCCAUACAUGGAACGCUUUCUACCAGACAUCUCGUCUUCGCGUCGCCCCGUACUCCUCGCCUCCAAAGGAAGGACAGGAGGUAAACUGCACACAUGCUGUCAGCAAAGUGUGGAUUCCUCAUCCCCUGCCUAUGUUCAAGCAGGAUUAUAGGAGCACCCAUGAACUUCAACCAGUUCCAGAGACGGGGCCUGAGAGAGCAUUUAUCUUCGUGCCACAUGCCAAUCCCCCAGCAUUGGUUUCUGCAUCAUUGGGGGCAUACAGCGAGCACAGCAUCGAAAAAGCUUACAACGCUUCAGGUUUCUACUGGAAUCUAGCACCAAGGAUAGGAGACAGAAUACUUUUCAAUUUCACCUCGCCAACACGUCUCUUUUCGGUGUCCCUUCGCAGCGGCAGCAAUGAUUACCCCGAUGCCUGUUUCCAAGCUGCGACAGUCGAAGUGAAAGUGGCAAGGCGUAAAGGUGCUGCUGCCUUUCCAAGAACAGAAGAUGGCUGGUCCGUGUUAUGUGGGAUGGAGCCAAGAUGCCGCGUGUUCCUGCCUAUUCGAUUUGGCCUCGUACACCAGAUGAGGAUACGCUUCCACCGCAACUCCUCCAAAUCGGUCAUAUUAUCACAGAUAGUAAUUGAGGAGUGGAACUUGAAGAAUAUUGCAACAGCAAUGAAGAAUUCCAUACUUCGUUUCCUGAAGAAUACCUAACCAAGAGUACCGCCCAAGACCAAAAGCAGACUGAGCCCUGUUAAGUUUGCACAUGCUAGUUGAUUCCAGUAGAACCUUCCCAAUCAAUCCAAACGACGCAGCACAUAACAGCUGAAAACUGAUGUGUCAGCUGAGGCGUUUCCUGUUUCCUCGCUUUUUUGUUUCAUAGUGUAUAAAUGUGCAGUGCAUAACUGUCUAGUAAAAGCUAUUCUU